AUGUCUUUCAGACCAGGUUCAAGAGGUGGUUCAAGAGGUGGUUCCAGAGGUGGCUUUGGUGGAGGUAGAGGUGGCUCCAGAGGUGGCUUCGGUGGUGGCAGAGGUGGUUCCAGAGGUGGCUUCGGUGGUGACAGAGGUGGUAGAGGUGGCUCAAGAGGUGGUAGAGGUGGCUUCGGUGGUGGCAGAGGUGGUCCUCGUGGUGGUUCCAGAGGUGGCUUCGGUGGUGACAGAGGUGGCAGAGGUGGUAGAGGUGGUGCCAGAGGUGGUGCCAGAGGUGGUGCCAAGGUUAUCAUUGAAGGACACAAGCAUGAUGGUGUCUUCAUCGCCAGAGGUAAAGAAGAUUUGUUAGUUACUAAAAACAUGGCUCCAGGUGAAUCUGUCUACGGUGAAAAAAGAAUCUCUGUCGAAGAACCUUCUAAAGAAGAUGGUGUCCCACCAACUAAAGUUGAAUACCGUGUUUGGAAUCCUUUCAGAUCUAAGUUGGCCGCCGGUAUCAUGGGUGGUUUAGAUGAAUUGUUCAUCGCCCCUGGUAAGAAGGUUUUAUAUUUAGGUGCUGCCUCCGGUACCUCUGUCUCACACGUUUCUGAUGUCGUUGGUCCAGAAGGUGUUGUAUAUGCCGUAGAAUUCUCUCACAGACCAGGUAGAGAAUUGAUCUCCAUGGCUAAGAAGAGACCAAAUGUUAUCCCAAUCAUCGAAGAUGCUAGACAUCCUCAAAAAUACAGAAUGUUGAUCGGUAUGGUCGACUGUGUCUUUGCAGAUGUUGCCCAACCAGAUCAAGCCCGUAUUAUUGCUUUGAACUCUCACAUGUUCUUGAAAGAUCAAGGUGGUGUCGUCAUCUCUAUUAAAGCUAACUGUAUUGACUCCACCGUCGAUGCCGAAACUGUUUUCGCAAGAGAAGUCCAAAAAUUACGUGAAGAACGUAUCAAGCCAUUAGAACAAUUAACCUUAGAACCUUAUGAAAGAGACCAUUGUAUCGUUAUCGGUAAAUAUAUGAGAAGUGGUUUGAAGAAAUGA